UCCACGUAGGAUUUCAGGAAUACGGCACUACCUGGGCGUGUGGAAAGCUUGUGCAUUUUCAUCCUCUACUAGUGGAGGGUUGCGCAAUUUCGUGUGGAACUAUGAAAUGACAAAUUUUAUUUACUCUUAUAAUUGAAUUUAUUUCGGCCAAAAAUCAAAUUAAUAAUUAGGUGAAGAACUCCUCCAUAAUCGCUUCAAUCAAACCCCCUUGAACUUAAUUUUGGGGAAGCAAGAACGAUUUAAACCCACCAAUAUUUGCUCGUUCUUUGUUCUAAUUAAUUUCCCGGGUAGAAAAUUUUCAGCAAUCCCUAAAAUUAAAGGGCAAGGUUGUUUAUUGGUGACUAGUAAAGAAUGGGUUCGGAUGUUCUUGAUGAUCCCGUUGUUAAUGAGGAGAGCGAUGUGCCGGAAGAUGUAUUGGAUGAUUCUCACUCUAACAAAAGAAAGCGAGGUAAAGUACCGAAAAAAGUUUUGAAGGCAGAGAGAGAAAGAUUAAAGCGUGAACAGCUGAAUGAGCUUUUUGAAAAACUGGCUAGUGUUCUUGAAUUAAAUCAAGAGAACAGUGGGAAAGCCUCUGUACUGAACGAGACAAUUAAGCUAAUGAAAGAUCUGGUUUCUCAUAUAAAAAGCCUGAGAAAGGAGAAUGAAACUCUGUUGUCAGAAUCUCAAUAUAUGACAGCAGAGAAGAAAGAGCUGAAAGAAGAGACUACUGCACUUGAAGUACAGAUAAGGAAAAUGCAAAACGAAAUGGAAGAGAGAUUAGGCCAAUCGAAGCCUGAUCUAAAUGUGAGUCCCUCUCUUGAUUGUUGGCACGCAGAAACGCCUUCACACUUACCACCAAUGGCAACAAACACAGAUCGAUCUUCACAGCAACCACCAAUUCUUGGGCCGCUCUAUGUCAUUCCUAUCAAUCCUGACUUGCAAGCUUUUCAAAAGGUUGAUACAGUUUCUAAUCCAACCAUAACUGUAAGCAAACCUCAUGCUAGAUAUCCCACACCAGCUGACUCAUGGCCAUCGCAGCUGCUGUUGUCGAAGCAGGCAGAGGCAACCAUAAGACAGUCAUCAUAGAUAGCGACUUAAAUUAGCUAGCAUGGUAGCAUUAGCAGAUAGGCAAAUUGGUGGACUCAACUUCAAUAUCCUCACUGAUUAGAGUAUUUAAGCUACAUAUAUAUAGGAUGUCACUGUAUUUUCUCAUCUUUGUAAAUGAAUUGGAGUUUAUUUUUUUUUAGUGUUUAUAACAAAAUCAAUUCUUUAUGAA